CCUAGAAAAUACAGAAGAAGGUUUUAUAUGAUGACUCCCUUAUCCCAUUAUUAUUUGACACUUUAUAGUAAACACCACUAAGCUCUAUAUAAAUAACUCCAAGCACUUGAUCAUAGUCACCCCAUUAAUUAUAUGCAUUGUUACCUAAAUCUCUCUCAAUCUCCUAAAAUGAUGAAGUCCAUUCUCUCAUUUCUUUUAAUGCUAACUACUUACUUCUCCACCUCAACCUAUGCAGCCAGAUUCGACAUAACAAACAGAUGCCCCUUCACCGUCUGGGCAGCUGCCGUGCCCGGCGGUGGAAGGCAGCUGAACUCGGGUCAAUCAUGGACCCUAGACGUGAACCAGGGCACGACAGGGGCUCGCAUAUGGGCUCGGACGGAUUGUAGAUUUGAUGGGGCUGGACGCGGCAGUUGCAAGACUGGCGACUGUGGCGGCACUCUACAAUGCCAAGGCUAUGGCCAGCCGCCCAACACGUUGGCCGAGUACGCGCUGAACCAAUAUAACAACUUGGAUUUCUUCGACAUCUCGCUGGUUGAUGGGUUCAAUGUCCCCAUGGAGUUUGGUCCCACGUCGCCGCAGUGCAGUCGGGGGAGCAAGUGCGCGGCAGCUAUAAACAGCGAAUGCCCAUCUCAGUUGAGAGCCAAUGGAGGCUGCAACAACCCAUGCACUGUCUUUAGAACCGAUCAGUUUUGCUGUAACUCUGGUAACUGUGGACCCACAGAUUAUUCGAGGUUCUUUAAGAAUCGAUGCCCUGAUGCUUAUAGUUACCCUAAGGAUGAUGCGACCAGCAUGUUUGCGUGCCCUGGAGGGACUAACUAUAAGGUUGUCUUCUGCCCUUGAAAUCAUAUAUCAUGGUCGCUAAAGUACACUAUUAGCUUAUUCUUAUAAUAAGCUAUAGCUCCAGCUAGUCCUGCAAACUUUGUUGUUAUGUAUGUUUACGAAGAAUAAAAGCUUAUAUAUGCUUACUUUUACUUUGCUGGCAUACUCAGUAGGGUGUGUUGAAGUUUGUAUGUGCCGCCCAAGCUUUAUGCAAUAACAAUAUAUAUAUAUGUUGUUUUAUUUGGUGACUAAAGAUAA